GGACAGAGGCGGCGCCGCGGCCGCCGCGAAGGGCCUUCUGACGUGAACACCCUUUUAAAAGUCGAUAGUUAUUAAAGUUCAAACUAAUUAAUUUUUCUUUGUAUUUAUUUUUUAUUCAUGCAACCAGGGCUGCAAAGCCAUUCUGCUAUCGCCCGAGGUCAAUCGAUAGUUAGCACAUAUGGUCUAUCGAUAGGGGGCAAAAUGUAAACAGGAAAAAAAUAGAGAAAAAUACAAACAAUACAGACAGGAAAAUAAGCAGCGCGUGCCUGGCAGAGAUUUUUUCAUCGCCAUACAGGAUCGAAAAAGCGAAAACUGUGAACGGAGAAUAGAAUAAGCAAGAGCUACGCACAAAAGCGAGACGAGAGACGCGAGACGAGUUGAUACGGAACAAAUGGCUGCGGCCACCAACAACGAUUCCUCCACCUCCGGCGUGGAGGCGGCCAAGGAGGAGGUGGAGAUGUCGCCCGUGUCCAUGGCCCUCACACGCUCCAUGCCAAUGCCCAUGCCCGCGUCCAAGGGCAUCAUGAUCACGCCGCCGCCGCCGGUGAUGCCGCCCACGCCCACCUCGUCACCCAACACGCACGGCGAGUGGCCGCACAUGAACUUCAACCUGAACCUAAACCUCAAUCUGAACAUGAAUGUGAACGUGAACCCCAGUGCGAGCGCCGGCAAUCCGAACACGAAUGCAUUCCAGCUGACCAGAGACCGGGGCGAGCACUUUGCGCUGCCGCACCUGCCGCCGCUGCCGCUGAACCCCAACGCCCCCAAUGCCGAGUAUCUGCCCAGCCUGAUCCAUCCGAGCACUUUGCCCUCGGGCAGCAAGAGCUUCAAGAUGCGUCCGCGAAUGCAGCGUCUAAAGCAAUACUGCAGCUACAGCAACAUCCUCACCCAGUCGAACGGCCGCAAGCUGCGCACCGCCGCCUCCACCUGCAACAUUGAGCUGCUCAACCGCAUCUUGGAGGCGGGCGCCAAUCCCAAUGCCGCCGACGAGUACAAUCGCAGUCCCCUGCAUUUGGCCGCCUGUCGCGGCUACAUACCCAUCGUCCAGCAGCUGCUCAAGUACGGCGCCAAUCCCAAUGUGGUCGACUCGCUGGGCAACACACCGCUGCAUUUGGCCGUCAUCUCGGCCAGCUCCAACAACUUCAACAUCGUGGUCGGCGUGCUGCUCCAGGGCGGCGCCAGUGUCCACAUGUACGAUCGCAGCAAUAAAUCACCGUUGGAGCUGGCCGAAGCCAAGCUGAGAUUGCUGCGCAAUCGCUAUGAUCAUCCCACGCCGGAGACGGCCAAGAUCCUGGAGGACAUGUGCAUGCUCACCACGCUGAUCUUGCGCUACAUGGUGAAGCAGCAGCGCGAGCUGGAGGAUCUCUCGGCGCUGGAGAAGCGUCUGCAGAACCUAAGCACCAGCGAUGAUCAGGAGCAGGUCGUAUCCCAGACCGCCGAUGAGCUGCUAGCCAGCGUCGAGCGGUUGUCCAUCAAUAACAAGUAGGCGGGGCGGAAUGGUUCGGAACGGAAAGGACGCUGGACGCCAAGAGGUCCAUUAUCCGGAGGCGGGCUCAAAUUUCGUUCGAUGAGUUGAGAAAAAAUUUGUUUAUCGUUUCCUAAUUUGGCUGCCGUUGAGCUGGAGUUGGCAUCGUUGGAAGCGGCUCGGAGGUGAUCCUGGAUAACAUCCCGAUCCCAUCUAGCUGCCACAAAUCCCGACCAACGCUCUCACACACA